UGGGUAUAAAAUGUUGUAAGUUUGCAACAAUUAACAGCAUAAUAUGACGAGUCCCUGGUUUUGUCACAAAUGUGGGUGCCAGGGAUGCCAUCGAUCGCGCAAGUCCGAUAAUGCUGGUAUAUCGACGAUUCCACGACGAUGCAAACCUUGGGCUAGGCGAGCCAAGGAGCCUUGUGAAGAUGGAAGAUUGACCAAAGUGACCCGACUAUGCUGCAAGCAAAAAUCGGGUUGGUGGAGGAGUGUGGGUGGGUGGUGGGUCGAACCCCCGUUUUUGUCAUUUUCAAUCUAUCGCUGCAGUAGUGGGUUCAAAUUUUAUCCCCAGCGACAGCGCAGUAACCUAGCAAAGCACCCAGCGAUGGCAACCCCACCGGCGGAUUUGCCGCGGACGUCUGGCUUGUCGACGACCCCAAGGCUGUCGGUGACCGAGUCUGGUACAUGGGACGACCAGUACCUCCCAACGCAUGCAGGAUCUCGCACGAUGGGAUUGCUCAUGCGCCGCACGUUGGACAAUCAAAAGUCCAAAUUGACCAAGUACACGCCGCAGGAGCGAUUCAGCAGAGCGCAGGUUGCGUUCGAAGGGAGCUUGGUCAAGCAGGGGUCGUUCUGGCGGACAUGGCGGAAGCGAUGGUUCAUCCUCCGCAGCGAUCGGCCACUGCUUUGCUACUACAAGUCGAGCGUCGAUUUGGAACUCCUAGGUGAAGUCAUGCUGGAUUCCGAGACAACGAUCGACGUGUUUGCUGGGACCCCAGGACACUUUUGCAUCAAGACAAAGAGUCGUAGGCUGGUGCUAAGUGCCCACGACGACGGAGGAGUUCCAUGCAUGGAUCGAUGGAUCGCAGCCAUGCACGUGUCCAUCCGCCAUAGUUUCUCGCCGAUUGAACAACGAGGACGGAUGUCCCCUCCACUCAAAUCCAUCGACGACUGCGGCAACUCGACGCCCGCUGUCCAUGUUGACAUCAAGCAAAUCGCCUCGACCUCUCCGAUCCUCAUCCCGCGUCUGAAACAAUCGACGACGAUCUCCGACGACGACGGCAGCACACCGCUACAUCUCGUGCGACGGACCAACAGUCUCCACACCAUGUCCGACACCCACGACUACUCGCGGAGCCGCACGUCGUCUUCGAAACUGCUCACUGCGUUGGUGGCCACGAGCUGGACGAAUCGCAAUAUCUCAAAGCAAGACUCGCACCAGACCAACACCCUCUGCUCGCUCAGCCUCGUCCACGUCCUCCCGCCGCCCUGUGUGCACUUUGCCGUGUCAUUCGGGUCAGAGCACGACCACACAGCCGCCCAAGGCAUGCUCGUGGUGUCCCUCACAGCGCUGGAAGUUGGAGCGAUUUCGGCGUCCGAAAUCUCCCGCACCGAAGUCGAGUGUACGCAGAGCGUUCGCCGGCUGGGUGAUCAUCGGUGGGUGCGCGACUUCCACGGCGUGUUGGCGCUGCCAGUGUCCAUGGUCGAAGCCAAUGUUGUGGUGCAGUUUGACGUGUUUGGAAUCACGUGUCCGGCGUCGGAAUCUCUGAAAAUGCAAGCCCCCCUCGGCGCCUUCACCAUCGCCACGCAGGACCUGGUUGCUGACUCGGACGACGGCACACCCCUCCUCUUGGACCUGCAUCCCCGCGAGUACCCCACAACAUCGUCGCUGUUUUUGAUCGUCGAGCAGGUGCCGACCCCCGACGCGCUCAAGAUGGACCAUCUGUACCACUUUGCAUCGCAGCAGUACUUGGUGGAUGCGACAAGGUCCAGUCCACCCCGUCCUGCUGCUUUCUUGUCGACCCGCGGCCAGACCCAAGUUCAUGUGACAGAGGAAAUGGGCGCUUCGAGGACCGCGCUGUCGGUCGUCGUGGCGUUCAUUAAGAUGCUGCAGCAGCGCAACCGGCUGCGCAAGGACGCGGCGCGGGCGGCAAUGGACGAGAUUGAGAGCCGAGACGUCACCCGAUCGAGCAUCACGUCGCCGAUGUCGGCGGCUACUCCAACUACGGGCGACUUCACUCCCGUCGUGGGGCGGCCCCUGUCGACCGUGUUGCAUAGCGAGACGUCGUCAAGUCGAGCGAACGACACCGCGUCGAGUUAUGCCGCGCUCAAGGCCCGAGUGGACGACUGCGACGAACGCGAGAUCAAGUACAUCCAGGCCGAGCGACGGUACGCUGCGCUGCGGCUCAUGUUGCUGGAAGGCGAAGAACACGGGAUCACGAGCUGCUUGAAGCGAAGCACGAUGAAGAAGGACGAAACGAUGGAGUUUAUGCCGACAAACUUGGUGUGCCACUCGAUGCGCGCGUCCACCGUGCAGCAACAAGGACAUGACCACCGACUGUGGACCGUGGUCACACACGGGUGCUCGGCCGCGCAUCUCCACGGGUUCAAGGAUGGCGGCCUGCGCAAGAAGGCCAAAGUCCACGAGCAUCGGCUGGACGUAGUGUCAUGCCAGCUCAUGGCCGUCGUGGCCACCGCCUUCCUCACCAGUGUGCACAUGGCGCUGGAUGCCGAUAACCACUGGGCCUCGAGCGCGUCGACGUACUUCUCGGCGUUGGCGGUGGCAUCGCAGGUGGGGUAUUUGGUGGACAUUGAGUCGCUCCUGAGCACCAUGGGAAACGAGAAGGGGAUGCUCGAAGACAUGUCGGAGGGCGUGCACUGGUUGAACCGACACGUGUACAUCCAUGUGACACCGUACGAACGUGCGACAGAGUGCGACUGCUCGUCGAUCGCGUUGGACGGAGACGAUGUUGUGAUGACGUUUGCGAUGCCAGAGCGCACGUUUUAUGCGCUGCCGCUGCCUCUGCAGACCCGUCGCCGCGUCAAAGUGACCACGGUGCUCUUCACCCAAGGCAUCAACGAAGUGCAGUCGGUGGCGAAUACGGUCGGCGGCACGUCGCUGCAAGACGAGAUCAACCGCGAGAGCCUGUCCACCCUCAUGGAGUACAUUGGACGGUACAUGCAACACGUGAGCCGGGACCAAGUGGUCGAAGUGGACCGCCUGCUGGCGGCACUCCAUGGCGCGAUCGACAACCAGUCCAACAAGAAGCAAGUCAACAUCCUCGUUGAAUCGAGCGAGCUGUGUCGACGACUCGGCGCGGGACGGACCACGUGCUGCAAGAGCGGAAAAGAUCGCACGGCCAUGUCGGUGACGUUGGAGUUUUCCAAGAUCCUCGUCGAGGAGAUGGGGGUCAAGCAGGGCAUGCAUCUGUGCCAGACCAUGCGGGAGCGCGGCGUGCGACGGACAAACGUCCUCGUCAACACGGGAAAGACCAUGUACGCGUUCAAUGCGCUCCAGCUCAAGUGUCUGCCGAGCUGCUACCAGCCGCCGCCGCACACUGCGCACUCGAGCGUCACGUCGUAAUCAUGGGAAACGAGCGCGACGGUUCACGACACGUCCACGCGAUGCCAAAAUAUUAAUCGCGGAAUCGUCACGUUGACUUGGGGAUUGUAUGGCAUUUGAUCCGCUCGAUUAAAAAUUAUCAAUAAUAUUAAUUUAUCUCAAC